UUUCCUCAUCUUGUCUUUGCUGCUGUUGCCUCUUCGGCUCCCGUCCGAGCCCAGCUGAAUUUCAAAGGCUACAACAAGGUUGUCACUGAAAGCCUGUUGAAUCCAGUGGUUGGUGGUUCCAAAGAGUGUCGUGACGCUGUGGCGGAGGCCUUCUCCACCGUGGACAGCUUGAUACACGCCAAGCAGCUGGAGAAGCUAGCUAAGGAUUUCCGCUCCUGCGGGGCUCUGAAGGGGACCAGUGACCUCAUUGAGAUGGUCAGCAACCUUGCCGACAUCUUUAUGGGUGCCGUGCAGUACAACGACGAAGGUGGCCAGUGGGCCAUUGUGGCCAAUCUGUGUAGGAUCAUGACCAACCGUACGGACUCCCCUUAUCAGAGACUUACGGUUAUCAACAAC